AACAAAAAGUCUACAAAUAAUAAAAUUGGAGAAGGUGUGAAGAAAAGGGAACCCUCCUACACUAUUGGCAGGGAAUGUGAAUUGUUGCAGUCACUACAGAGAACAGUAUGAAAGCUCCUUAAUAACCUAAAAUAGAGUAACCAUAUGAUCCUGCAAUCCCACUCCUGGGCACAUAUCUAGAAAAGAUGAAAACUCUAACUUGAAAAGAUAUAUGCAUCCUGAUGUUCACUCCCGACAGCACAAGCAAACCUUAAUCAGGGCCCUGUCAGACCCCCUGGCCACUCCGUUCACCUCCUCAGUGGCUCCCUGGCAGGACCAUUAUGAUGGGAGCCUCUGAGAUGGCUCCCUUCACCUGAGACAACACUGGAGAUGCAAUAAACAUUGGACGGCCCACAAAAGUGCAGGACAUAACGUCUGAGAGAGGACAACAUGGAUGGAUGAGACAUGAGGAUUCAUGCUAUGACAACACUCCAGCCCAUGACAUGGCUGGACACAACUUCCUCCUGAAUGCUGCCUCCACAACCUGCCACUAUAAGCCAAGAGCUCACUAUAUGUCUACCCCAAGGCCUCCUUGCUUGCUUACUAUAUAUAACACUUGCUGCUUGAGUGUGAGAUGGUGCUACGAUUGCCAGGCUGCUCUCCGCCUUUGAGUUUUGGAAAACCAAGCAUCUCCAGCGCUGGGAACGGAUGUGACCUUGACCCGUGGUGCCUCCUUGCCUCCUUUCAUGACAGUGCCUUUUCCUCCACCCAUUCCUGGCCCCCAACACCGGCCACCCUGGGAGCAACACCUGCCACCUUCCAUGACCCCGUCAUUUGCUCCUGGCAGCACCCAGCUGCUGCCAGCUUUCCCCAGGACACCUUUGGUGCCCAAUGCUGGCCCUGGCCCCAGUGCCCCUGGGGCUUGCAACAUCAUUAUCCAAGUCAGGUCCGAAGGAAGGCCGGUGGAGCACCCCCAGACUCCGACCUUUGUCCUUACUCAGGCUCCCCUGAACUGGAGCACUCCAGGGCCCCUCAGCGGGAAUACUGCAUGUCCUGUCCCCCUAUUCUUAACAACCCCUGCAAUGGAGACCAUUGUGACUGCCCCAGCUGUUGGAGUAGGUCAGUCUGGCAAGGGAAGCUGGACCCCAGGCUUUCCACCUCAAGCUCCACUACCAGCUGCCCAGCUGGCCCCCAACAUUCCCCAAGUGAACUUGGGGCCACAGUCACAUGGCACUUCCAGGGAGGGCAGCCUGGCCACCAACCAGUCCAAGGCCUCGCAGGAUGACUCCUGUAACCCCAACAGCGUGUAUGAGAACUUCCGACGUUGGCAGCGCUUCAAGUCUCUGGCCCGGAGACACCUUCCCCAGAGUCCUGAUGCUGAAGCUCUUUCCUGCUUUCUCAUCCCAGUGCUUCGGUCCCUGGCUCGCCUGAAGCCCAGCAUGACACUGGAGGAGGGACUGUGGCGGGCUGUGCAGGAAUGGCAACACAAAAGCAACUUUGACCGGAUGAUCUACUAUGAGAUGGCCAGAAAGUUCAUGGAAUUUGAGGCUGAGGAGGUGAUGCAGAUUCAGAAGUUACAGUGGAUGCAGGGGGUGCAAGGCCUGCCUCCUCCAGUCCCACCAAAGCUGGAUCCUCAGGGGUCCUCAGCCCCGAAAGUGUGCCCUCAGCCAGGCACCCAUGUUCCCGCCGGAGUUCAAAGCAAAGCCAAUGCUCCCCGGAAGGCCGGCUCCCGGGCCCGUCCCACCCGCUCGCAGCCACACAGAUCCCAGCGGCACCCAGGGCCCAAGGCACCCAAAGAGAUUCCCCCUGAGGCUGUGAGAGAGUAUGUGGAGAUCAUGGAGGCGCUGGUGGGGCCCAUCCACUCGGCCAUGGACAAGUCAGAUGCAGAAUGUGGAGAGGAUGGAAAUGAGCUGAACCAGGAAGAGGAAUGGACUUAUGGAGACCCGGAUCUCCUGAGCUACAUUGACAAGCUGUGUUCCCAGGAAGACUUCGUCACCAAGGUAGAGGCAGUCAUUCACCCUCGAUUCCUGGCAGACUUGCUUUCCCCAGAACCACAACUGGAUCCCUUGGCACUAGCUGAGGAGCUGGAGCAGGAGGAAGGCCUCACCCCUCAGGAGCUGGUGCAGAAACGACUCCUGGCCUUGAAGGAAGACAAGGGAGUGCGGACCCCCAGCAGUCAAAGUGUACCCCGAGUGGGCUCAAGUCCUUCUGAGUCCGACGCCAGCAAAGAGGCCCAGAGACAUGACCAAGGCCCCCAGCUAGGGAUCAGUCAUGAAGCCAGCCCACCAGAGGUUGAUUUCGAGGCUGUUCACAGGUUCAGCCAAGCAAACACUGGCCUGUCCAGAGCCAAAGACCUUGUUCCCUCUGCAGGACAACAGGAGUUGCCUCCAUUCCAACCAGGACAACCCUCCCCUCCCCAGGGUCAGAGGUGCACUGGCCCUCAGCCCGGACCCAGGGAUACCUCAGUUCUCAGAACGGCCUCUCCAGUUCUGGGGGCCCAACGGCCCAGGGACGGGUCCAGCGAGGAUGAGGAGGAGCUCCCCAGCCUGGCCUUCCUCUUGGCCUCGCAGCACAGCCUGCUGCCCUGGGGGCUGUCCCAGAGUCCUGUCCCUGCCUCAGGCCAGGCCUCCUCCUCUCAGAGAAUAGGCCUCAGCCCAGCUCCUCUGGCCGCUGCCAAGUCUAGGAAGCCAGCUCUGUGCGGAGGCCCAGAUGCUGUUGAGAUGCUGCCCAGCCCGGGGGCUGGCCUCGGGGUCUCUGAGAGGCCAGCCUUGGCUCUGGGAAUGGUUGACCCCUCACAGCUGAGAAAGCGAAAGUGUGACCCGUUUGUCACAGGGAAGAAGAGGAAGCGGCUUUGCAGCCAGUAGGGAACAGCGGGCCAGCCCCAAGGGGAGCCUAGGGCUCCUCAGCUCAUGGGCGAUCCUGGAU